AUGAUCUGCGAAAGAGAUGAUUUCAGCCUCACCGGACCAUUACACUUGACAGCGAUAGACUGGGCAAAUGAACAACAUCGGAGAUCCGUAACUGCUUCACUGGUCCAAGGAAUCUAUGUAGCAGAACGUGACCGUCAGCUACAAAGAGACGGUCCCGAACUAGCUCUAUCCCCAAUAUGGUCAGAGUUUUUCCAUUUCCGCCUCAUUCGCAAGCUCGUCGACGACGCUGACUUCUCCAUAUUCGGUGGUAUCUACGAGUACAAACCUCCGCAGCAACACCCCUCCCAAGAACUGAUCCCGCGUUAUGUAAUCGCGUUCAGAGGAACCGUUACAAAAGCGGACUCGAUCUCCCGUGACAUCGAGCUAGACCUACACAUCAUCAAAAACGGACUCCACACGACCACAAGGUUUGAGAUAGCCAUCCAAGCCGUGAGAAGCAUUGUUAAUUCCGUUGGCGCCACGAACGUUUGGCUUGCUGGUCAUUCUCUCGGUGCUUCCAUGGCUUUGCUAACCGGGAAAACCGUCGCUCGAACCGGAGUUUUCCCGGAGUGCUUCGCCUUCAAUCCUCCGUUCUUGUCUCCUCCUAUCGAACGAAUCAAGGAUAAGCGGAUCAAACACGGCAUUCGCAUCGCCGGAAGUGUGAUCACAGCUGGACUUGCGCUAGCCAAAAAGGCCACUCAACAGCACAGCCAAAACCAAAACCGACUCGCGUUACCCGCACCGCCCGACCCGUUUACGGCGUUAUCCGACUGGUUUCCGCGGCUGUAUGUUAAUCCAGGGGACCACUUGUGCUCGGAGUAUCUCGGUUACUUCGAGCACCGUAACAAGAUGGAGGAGCUCGGGGUCGGGUUUGUUGAGAGGUUAGCGACGCAGAACUCGUUGGGCGGUUUGCUGGUGGAUAUUGUUGGCGGAGGAAUGAACACGGAAGGACCGGUGCAUCUGAUUCCGUCGUCGGUUUUAACCGUGAAUUGGAGUCCGGCUAGGGAUUUUAAAGAAGCUCAUGGGAUUCAUCAAUGGUGGAGAGAGGAUCAUCGAUUCGAGACCAAAAUCUACAAGUACAAUCACUGA